AUGGAGGUUAUAGAAGAUGGUAACAUUAUGGAUAGGAUUCCUAUUCUAUUGCAAAGAGAUUUUCAAUAUUAUCAGGAAAAGCAAACGGUGUUAUCUGAGAAAAUUUGCCGAUGCGUAGUUGGUGGCAGAUUGGAUUUCCCGAGAAAUGCAUCGUUUGCAGCCAUUAAGAUUGUUCUAUGGUUAGAAGAAGAAUUUCACAUUGCAUUCAAUCAAGGUUCAGGAAUGUUUGUUACGUUAGAAAGUGAAAAGACCGAUGGCGGCGUAGCGAAGACGUCCGAUCCAGAUAAAUUCGUUCAACUGGCUAUCAAGUCCAGUGAUUCCUUACUCGAGCAUCUCCAUGUCUUAGCUCAAGAGGCGCUUGAUCACGCUGAUCUCCCGGUAUUGACAGCCACUCUUGGGGCAGCCGCUUUGCUGAAAAAUAGCCUGUAUUGCUACGUCCAACACGUUGAAGAAACUGGCAACACUGAGAGGCACUCCCGAUUGCAGGCGUGUUACAAGCGUUACGUGACAAUGUCGGAAGCUGUUGGCGAGAGAGUGCUAGAUCUACACAGCCGAGUUCUUUCUCUCUACAUACUGCAGGAUGCCGGCGGUCGGCCCAUUGAAGAACAGAGGCCUGUCCAGACGGGCACGCCGUCGGUGCAAGGCUGGUGGCUUUAUAUGAACGGUAGUCGAAAAGACCUGUGGGAUACGGUUCCGCCGAGGAUGGCUCAAAGGAUAUUUGCCGGAAUGCUUAACGAAACGUUGACCAUUCUCACCGUAAGGUAUUGUCAGACAAACACGACGGAGGCGACCACGCCUCUACUGCUGAACGACAUAUUGAACAUACUGCUAUGCGUGGCGCAACUGCUGCCCUCGAUUUGCGCCAGUGGCGCUGAUUUAGCCGGCCUGGAGGUCUCUAAGCAGACGCGCGAUGUGAGGGACGUGCACGCGAAAUGCAACGAGCUGUUCAAAUGCAUGAUAUACAGGGGCGCCGAACUGCAUUUCCUACAUCAGGCCUUCAAAGAGAAGGACGAGGGUUACACAAUCCAAAGUUGCCCGUACCCAUGGUUCACAUUCGUCAGUCCGAACCUCUUCGACAGACUGGACGGCUUCAGCAUCAAGCACACGAAAGACCUGCCAGAUAAGACCGCAAUUGGUCUGGAGCUCCUCGUCUUGCUGGCUCAACCGCAGCCUUCGUGGACUUUAUUGGUUAAGGUGCUGAUGAUGAGAGACUGCCGUCUCGCUCGCACACUGUUGUGCCACGCCGUCCGAAACAUGUCCGUCGACAACGCGCGCUGGCCCGCCAACGGGCUGUGGUACAACGCGGACGGGGGUCAGCAGAAGUGCGGCGGUUUCCUGUGCACCGCUGACGGGUUCUGCAGGUUCGAAGGGGACAGCGAUGCGGGGGAAGAGUACGCCCGCAGUGCUGGUGCGUUGGCGAACAUAAUAGCCACAGUUGGCAGCAAAGCCGAGUUGAAAUCAACUCUGUGCUACGCCUUAGAGUUGUCAGGAAGAGACUGGGCCUCCUGUUUGGACAAACGUCAAGUGUGGUGUGACCGUCGACCGCCAUGGCUCGCUGGCAUAUUAGCCAUAGUUGGAACGGCGUUGCAAUUCGUACCGCCUAUAUUAGUCAAUGCCAUACAAACGGGGGCGUCCAUGUAUCAAACCAUGUCUCUCUGCCUAACCUGCAUAUCGAGGUCGAUGGAUUGCAUUCCCCGUUGCUUCGCGAAUGCCGCCUCCGUUUUGGGCAAAACGCUGCCCCCUGGCGUCGGCCCCGUGGGGGGUUCGCUCCUGUUGCAGAUGAUGGUGACGGUCACCUACGAGGAGUUGCAGAAGUGGGCGAAGAGGGAAGCGGCGAACGAGGGAAACGUCGCAAACGGCGAGGUUCAUAAUCUAGACGCGAAACAAAAGAGGUCUAAAGCGAAGCAAGUAAGGAUUCGCAGCCUAGCUAAUACAAAUGCGUCCAGUUCCGUCAGCUUCGACGGCGUCCACAGCUCCCCUUCUUCGAUCGCUUUAGCCAUAGCGGAGGCGCUCUGUUCUAUAGACGAGGACGAUAAACACACGCAGGAGAUAGCAACGCUGGUCUCAAAAACCACGAGGGCGUUCGAGUUGUCCGACCAGUUCGGCUUAGACGAUUUUCCAGAGUUCGCCCAGUUCUUCGAGGAGGGUAAUGUUCCUGCUGCCAACGCAGAGCGCUCCAGCGACGCAGCCAUCUUGACUAAUCAAAUACUGAUGACAUCCGCUGGACGAGAUAGCCUUAGGAAAGGAGAUAUCCCAAGGGUGGUUUACGACCAUCUCCAGUUGCAUUCGGAGUGGAUUUACAAGGAGUUGGGUAUCGCGGAGGUUUGUGACUCGGAGGUGCCGCUGAAUAAAGCCCCACUGCUGUACAUCAUGUUCCAUAUUGGACGGCGUCCUUUCGAUCAGUUCCUCAGGGGUGAAUGGCCGAUGCCCUGGAGCAGGCUUGUGGCCGUCGCAAAGGCCUGGUCGGGGAUAGAGGGCGCCAAAGUGCAUGUAAACCGGCGCUGUGACGUUCGCAACGUGAAGAACCACGGGAAAUGCAACAAGCAGUUGAUGGAGCUAUACUCCAUGUUCAAAGCGCCCACCGAAGGAGUUUUG